UAACAUUAUUUUUUUUAAAUCUAUUGGACAAAAAUAUUACACAUAACCUAAUUUACAAGAUUGAAACUUCAAAUGGUGUUAUUUACAGGUUUGAGUCCGCUCGCAAUAAAAAGAAUAAUCAAUAAAUCAGUUUUUGAUGGGAGAAAUCAGUGUCUCGAACCAGAGACCUUCGUGCUGUGAUGCGCCCUAUACGCCUAAUUACUGUAUAUUAAAUGUAAUGGAUGAUUCCUCCGGUCACAGAAGCUUGAACAGGCGUUCUCCAUUUCUAAAGUUUCUCCUGCCAGAGCGACGCUGUUGACGCGUUGCCAUGGUGAUGCCAGGCUUAUGUUCGCGCGCACUAAAACCGUCGCGCUCCCACGGGAGAUCUUCUUCUUCAUCAUCAUCAUCAUCAUCAUAAAUAUUAGUAUUAAUAUCGUCAUAUCAUAUCCUCAUAUUGAUGAUGGAGCGGUAUGAGGUGAUCCGGCAGAUCGGUCAGGGCGCCUUCGGAAAGGCGCUGCUGGUCAAACGGAGACGCGGGGACGAGCAGCUCUACGUCAUCAAGGAGAUCAGCCUCACACAGUUGUCCGCUCGGGAUAAGGAGGCGUCCCGAAAAGAAGUGACUCUUCUGUCCAAAAUGAAGCAUCCGAACAUCGUGGCGUUUCAUGAAUCAUUUUACGACAGGAACCGCCUCUACAUCCUGAUGGAGUACUGUGACUCUGGAGAUCUGAUGAACAGAAUCAAGAUGCAGAGAGGAAAGCCGUUCAGUGAGGCGCAG